UUUACGAAUUAAUUGUUGUUCUUUAUAAAGUAAUUUGCUUCUUAACUUUAUUCCUGGUGUGUAAUGGGAAGCCGGGCCAGUUGGUGGUGCAAUGCACCACAAAUUGGGUCGACCACUUGUAAUAGAAGAAGAAACACGGAACUGACUAACAGAAACAUGUUUACACAGUCUGUAUAACUUUUAAAUUAAUGUCCAGCUUCAGGUCUGAAUCAGUCUGGGACUAUUUUGGUCCUGUUUUUGCGCAUUAACACCAUGGCGUCUGAUCGGGAGCACUGUGCGUGCUGCUCACAUCCAGCCUCCUCUCCCAGUGUUCACCAGACGCUGAGUGAAAUGGAUUUUGAACGAGGUAUCUGGUCUGCUGCGAUUGAUGGGGAAUUGGAGAGAGUCAAGUCCUUGAUCCAGAAAGGCACACAACCUAACCAGAGAGACUCAGCUGGAUACACAGCUCUACAUUAUGCAAGUCGCAGCGGUCAUCUUGCUGUAUGCAAGUUUCUUCUGGACAAUGGCGCUUGUGCGUCUCCCCAGACACCAGGCGGUGCCACACCGCUCCAUCGGUCAGCCUACUGUGGUCACCUGGAUGUGGUUAAACUCCUGCUGCACCACAGGGCAGAUCCAAUGCUGUGUGAUGACGAUGGUGCAUCUCCUUUGCAUAAGGCUGCAGAACGGGGUCAUGAAGAGGUGUGUCAGCUACUUCUUGAGCACUGUCCAGCACUCUGCAGCCAGGAGAACAAGAGGCUCCAGCUACCCUACCAGCUGGCACCUCAGGGAGAUCUGCAGCAGCUCUUAAAACCACCUCGAUGACAACAGACACACUGCACCUGCAGCACACAAAGUCACUGCUGUCUUAGAACAGACAAAUUAUAUGAGCCCAAAACAGACUGUUGGAACAUGUGAGGUCUGCUUUAAGUCAGGAUUAGAUUCACCUUAACGUUGACCUCACUAUAUUUGUCUGCUUUUUCUCAACUCAACUGAACCUGGACAAAGUACCACUGAAUGGAGCAGACUGAACAUUAUAUCACCAUAUUAACUAUAUGCAUCGCCCUGUUUUGUAUUUGUAUCCUACCUUCCAAGUUACAGAAAUGUGUAAAACCAGUCAAAUCUUAUCAGGUUGUGAUGAAUAAAGAAUCAUUCUCUUUUAAUU